AUGUCCUCCGACCUCUGCCCCGUCUAUGCCCCCUUCUUCAGUGCUAUGGGCUGCACAAGCGCAAUUGUCUUCACCUGCAUUGGUGCCAGUUAUGGUACCGCAAAAUCUGGCGUUGGAAUCUCAGCUAUGUCCGUCCUCCGACCCGACCUUAUGAUGAAGUGUGUCGUACCCGUUAUUAUGGCUGGUAUUAUUGCUAUCUACGGACUCGUCGUGUCGGUCCUCAUUGCUGGUGACCUGCAAUCCUCGAUGUCUCUUGCCCAAGGCUUCACUCAACUCGGAGCUGGUCUUGCUGUCGGUCUCGCUGGUCUUGCUGCUGGUUUCGCUGUCGGAAUUGUUGGUGAUGCUGGUGUCCGUGGCACUGCCCAACAACCUAGGCUCUUCGUCGGCAUGAUCCUCAUCCUCAUCUUUGCCGAAGUCUUGGGUCUCUACGGCCUCAUUGUUGCCCUCAUCAUGAACACGAAGUCUCAGGCUAUGAAGUGCUGA